AUGUUGGACGAUAUUAAAACUUUAAUAGCCAAACGGGCUGCUCUCAAAACGCGUUUGACAAAGUUUAACAAUUUCAUAGCAGACCCUCGAAACGGUAAAAAGGCAAUAAAUUUAAAAAGGCGGUUAGCAUCAAUCGAACCUUGCUUACGCGAAUAUCAAGACAUUGAAGUGCAAAUAUCCACUGUGGACGAAAUACAAGUCAAGGACGACGAAGCAACCGAAUUCGAAAAUAAAUAUUUUGAAGCUGUGAGUAAUGCAGAAAGCUUAAUCCAAGCCGCCGGGGCUUUGGAGUCAGUACCUAACUCGAAUUCGCCAUCAAACCGUAACGAAACGCUUCCGGUCAAGCUACCUGAAAUUUGUUUGCCCACGUUUGAUGGGUCCUUUACUGAAUGGCUUAGUUUUCGAGAUUCUUUUCAAUCUUUAAUUAAUAAUAAUACCAGUUUAAAUGCCAUUCAAAAGUUUCACUACUUAAAAGGUACUUUAUCGGGCGAAGCACAAAAAACAAUUAGCCAUUUGACACCGUCCACCGAUAAUUACGCGGCAGCAUGGGCGUUACUCGUGGAAAGGUAUGAAAAUAACCGACUGAUCAGUCAGCAUCACGUGCGCUCGUUAUUUUCAUUGCCCAACAUUAAUCCAAAGGAUUCUGCAUCGCUCAGAACCCUUUUGCAAAUAGUCAAUUCGAAUCUUAAGGCAUUAGAGGGAAUUGGACGUCCCGUACAUCAAUGGGAUGAUCUUCUUAUUCAUUUAAUUUCUUGUAAAUUUGAUCACGGCACAACUAUUGCAUGGGAAGGUACAUUGUCCAAAGACAUUCCCACAACAACAAGCAUUCUUGAAUUUCUGACACAACGUUGUCAAAUGUUCGAAUCAUUUGAAGCGACAUUUCUUAGUAAUAAAUUUAACGUUCCAAAUAAACCCAAAUUUCCGUUCAAUGCUAAGUACAAUAAGCCAUCCAGUCAUAUCGUAAACAGAAACGAACAUAGUCAAAUAUCUUGCAAUUACUGCAAACAAUCGCAUACUAUCUUUUUUUGUCAGAGUUUCCUAGGUCUUAACGUGGAUCGCAGAUUAAAUGAAAUAAAAAAACGACAUUUAUGCACGAAUUGCCUACGUAGUGGACAUACACUCGAGACCUGCAACGCCGGCAAUUGUAAAAAAUGCAAUAGACGUCAUAAUACUCUUUUGCACAUAGAAUCGCAGCCACAACCCUCUUCAAGUACAAUGAGCAAUUGUGCACAAAUUUUAAGCAAAAAUGUAAUUUUAUCAACCACACAAAUUUUGGCGACAGGUGCUAAUAACAAAGGCAUAAAAUUUCGUAGUUUGCUAGAUAAUGGUUCAGUCUCAAAUUUUAUUACCGAGCGAGCUGUACAAAAAUUGGGGUUAAAAAAUAUACACAAAAUCAAUUUACCCCUGAUAGGAAUUGCAUGCAAAUCUUCUAUUAUUAGUAAAGCAGUCAGUGUAAAAAUUUCAUCAAUUUCCAAUUCAUUCAAGGCCUACUUGGACUUCUUAAUUGUUCCCGAAAUCACGGGUAACGUACCUGCGCAAUCAUUUACACCAUUGCAAAAUCUACCCACCAAUAUCAAAUUAGCCGAUCCGUUUUAUAAUAAGUCACUAGCCGUUGACCUCUUGAUAGGGAACGAAAUAUUUUGGGACAUACUUUGCAUUGGUCAGUUCCGAAUUAACAAAAAUGGCCCGACAUUACAAAAAACCCAGUUCGGUUGGGUAAUUGGAGGCGUUCUAAAUCAGUUUAAUUCAUCAAAUAACUUAACCUCAUGUAACCUUUCAAAUAUUUCGUUAGAUAAACAGAUUAGAAAGUUCUGGGAAGUAGAAAAUUUACCUGAAAAAUCAGACAGUUCAAGCGUAAACAACACCUGCGAAGUACACUUCAAGGAAACCUUUACAAGGGAUGCAACUAGUGGUAGGUUUAUUGUAAAGCCCCCAUUGAUAAACGAACCGCCUUGCUUGGGUAUUUCCAAAGAAAGAGCUUUGAGGCUAUUUUACAACCUUGAGAAACGCUUUUCAAAGGACCGGAACUUAUUUCAGCAGUACUCGGAAUUUAUGAGGGUCUGUCUAGCACUGGGGCACAUGACCGAAUGUGAACCCGACAAUUCCGGUUAUUUUUUAAGCCAUCAUCCGGUCCACAACGAAUCGUCAACGACCACCAAAUUGCGGGUUGUUUUCAAUGCGUCCAUGAAAACUGAUAACAAUAAAUCCAUAAAUGAUAAUCUAUUAGUCGGCCCUAAUCUCCAACAAGAUCUGUUCAGCAUUUUAAUUAGAUUUAGGAUUCAUAAAGUAGUCGUUUGUGCGGACUUAAAAAAGAUGUAUCGUCAAAUACUUUUACAUCCAGACCAUCGUAAGUAUCAAAAAAUAUUUUGGCGAAAUGAUUCAGGCGAGGAUAUCAAGGUUUACCAACUGAACACGGUCACAUAUGGAUUUGCUAGUUCGUCAUAUCUAGCAACGAGAUGUGUGCAUGAACUAGCUAAUCUAGAAAUGCAAAAUUUUCCGGAAGCAGCAACCAUUAUUUUACGUGACAUGUACGUGGACGAUUUGAUCUAUGGCUCAUCCAAUAUUGUGGACGCGGCACAAUUAUUAAAUGAUAUCAAGCAAAUUUUAAUUAAGGCAGGUUUUGAGUUACACAAAAUAAGUUCCAAUUAUUCAUGUGAUUUCGGGUUUGACGAGGAACUUCAACAACAAGAGCAGAUUUCUUUAGACAAACAAAAUACCAUUAAAACAUUAGGCUUAUUCUGGGAUAAUAAUAAUGACAUAAUUAAGUACUCCACUCACUCGAAAAAUCCAAGAAUUGACAAAAUUACUAAACGCGGCAUUUUAAGCACGAUCGCUCAUAUUUUCGAUCCGUUGGGAUUAGCGGCACCUGUAGUCAUAACUGCUAAAAUUAUUUUACAAAAAUUAUGGUCACUAAAACUAGAUUGGGACGAAAGUUUACCUAUUGAAUUACACACAAUGUGGUGCGAAUUUCUAGAAACCUUUUCACAGCUUAACCAGGUAGCGGUACCGCGCCGAGCUAUUUGCGAUUAUCAACAAGUCGAAAUCCACGGAUUUUGCGAUGCAAGUCCGGACGGUACUUAUCAAACCCAUAUUUUGUGCUCAAAAAACAAGGUGGCUCCCUUACAAUCAUUAACCAUUCCUCGAUUAGAGCUGUGCGGAGCUCUGCUUUUGGCCAAAUUGGUGUAUAAGGUAACCAAAUCUUUAUCUAAUUUUCAAAUCCGUAAUCAUUAUUAUUGGACCGAUUCUACAAUUGUAUUGGCAUGGCUCCGUACAGAACCCGCCUUAUUAAAAUCUUUCGCUUCCCACAGAGUCUCAGAAAUUCAGUCUCUAGCCCCUUAUAACAAUUGGUACCACAUUCCAUCAAAUCAAAACCCUGCGGACAUUCUAUCGCGUGGCGACACUCCGCGUCAUUUGAUGUCUUCAGAUUUGUGGUGGCACGGCCCUAGUUUUUUAACAACGCCACACAUACCAUAUAUACAAGAAGUCCCCUCAGGCACUAAUUUACCAGAAAUGAAACCAAAAUGUUGUUUAAUAGUGCAAAGGGUCACUAAACAUUGUUCCCUUUGGUCUAAGUUUUCAAAUUUUGACAAAUUGUUAAGAAUUACCGCUCUCGUGCGUCGUUUCAUUUUUAAUUUAAAAAACAAACAUAAUAAAAAAUUGGGCGCUGUAACUUGCAGCGAACUACGAGAGGCCCAUAGUUUAAUAAUAACACAAGUUCAAUCCGAAGCCUUUCACAUCGAUAUUCACAAUAUCAAAAAACAUAAUCAGGUUGCCAAUAACAGUAAAAUAAAAAACUUAAGCCCCUUCAUUGACUCUUCUGGGUUAGUAAGAGUUGGAGGUAGAUUAGCAUACUCCAACAUUCAUAACGAUCGGAAAUACCCUCUAUUGCUGCCGAAACAGCAUUUCAUUACAAAUCUAAUUAUUAAGAAAUAUCAUGUCGAAAAUUUGCACAUCGGUUGUCAAGGUACUUUAGCAGCAGUACGCCAACGAUAUUGGCCUGUUUCAGCCAAAAACGCGGUUAAAUUAGUCAUUUUCAAUUGCCUAAGGUGUUAUCGAUGCAAACCAAUUUCAUAUGAACAAUUGAUGGCUGAUCUCCCGGUAACACGAGUAACUCCAUCGCGGCCAUUUACAGUAACUGGUGUUGAUUAUGCAGGGCCAUUCACACUAAAAAACGGCCAUGGAAGGACGGUAAAAACAAUAAAGGGUUACAUCGCCGUCUUUGUGUGCUUCGCUACCAAAGCAGUGCAUAUAGAGCUUGUGUGUGACUGCACGUCAAAUUCAUUUUUGAAUGCAUUAAAGCGGUUUAUCUCCCGUAGAGGUAAACCAAGUCAGAUUCAUUCUGACAACGGAACGACUUUCGUAGGCAGUAACCGGCAUUUAAAAGAGUUAUAUCAAUUAUUCCAAACAAAAUCAUUUAAAGAUGUGGUAGUAGGCAAUCUUUCAAAUUUAGGCAUUACUUGGAAUUUUAUUCCUCCAAACGCCCCCCACAUGGGCGGUUUAUGGGAGGCUGCUGUAAAGUCAAUUAAAGGGCACAUUAGACGAGUUUUAAAUAAUACUUUGCUGAACUAUGAGGAAAUGAAUACCGUGUUGAUUAUGAUAGAGGCAUGUCUAAACUCCAGACCUCUCACCCCAUUAUCAAAUGACCCGAACGACCUCGUCGCACUCACUCCGGCCCAUUUUCUAAUCGGCGGUCCGCUGACCGCUCCGGUAGAGGAAGACCUGAGGGACCUUCCGACCAAUCGCUUAAUCCGCUUCCAGCUUCUGGAGAAGAUGAGACAAGAUGUGUGGAAACGGUGGUCCAACGAGUACCUGCAUCAGUUACAAACCAGGUACAAGUGGAGGAACGUUCCAGCAUUGAAGCCCGCCAAGGGGGACCUGGUGGUAGUCCGCGAGGCCAGCACUCCGCCACAACAGUGGCCUUUAGGGCGAAUCGAGGAGCUACACCCGGGAAAGGACGGACAGUGUCGUGUAGUGACGAUCAAAACAAUGCGGGGAGUGUUUAAAAGACCAUUAACGAAAAUUUGCGUUUUGCCCAUGGACUCUAACAAGGACUGUUGUGAGUGA